UGUCUCGAGUAAAAAAUAAAGAACACCUUGAUCGAUUCCAAAGAUGUUCCGCCACGAGUACGGGCUGGCGAUGGACCGGGACCAGAACGGUGCCUCGUCGGUUUCGUCCUACCAGGUGGACGAUCUGAUGGAGAAGCUCAAGCUGCUCAACUACGAGCGGUUGCUGCUGAAGGAGAUGAAGAUGAAGCAAAUCAAUCGGUACUACUUCCUGAAGUCGUUCAAUCCCGGCGAGCAGUUCUUCAUGUUUACGUCGAUCUGCGCCUGGUUGAUUCGGAAGAUUGGCAAGACGUUUGACCAACCGCAGGAGUUUGACGAUCCCAACAUGGUCAUUUCGAGGAUCAUUCGAGUGCUGCAGGAAAUGGACGUCCCGACGGACUUCCAGACAAACAAGUUGAUUCAGGGAGCGGGACCGAUUUGCGUCUACAUUAUGGACUGUUUGGCGACGCAGGCCCUGAAGCUGACCAAGUUUCAGCUGAAACGUCCCGAAUGCAAAAAGGAGGACGAUCCGAUGGUGGAUUUAAUCGAGAACGAUUCGGAAAUCAUUCUCGAGAAGGUCGAGGAGGAGCAGAUGGCGGGAGCGAGCGGCGAGAGUGACGACGAGGGAAACGGAUUGUUUGAUUUGAACUUUGCCGAUCAGAAGAGCAAGAAGGUCACGAACAAGGAGUACAAGGUGGACUCGCUGACGGACAGUGAGAACUGGCGGUUGGAGUUGGAGCGCGUUCUGCCACAGUUGAAGGUGGUGGUGAAGACGGAUUCGCGGGAUUGGCGGGCACAUUUGGAGCAAAUGAGAAGCUUGCGGUCGAACAUUGAAAGCGCUACGGAGGAAACGGAUGGGCAGCUGAAGAAACUGCAGACGGAUAUAAGCUAUGUGAUGGAGAAGAUCGAGAGUCGGGAGAAGCACUUGAACAACGAUUUGAAGGAGUUGAUCCAGCAGUACAAGCAAAUACUGGUUGAGUAUAACCAGGUGAACGGGCUGAUGAAGGAGAACGACCAAGAGAAAACGGAGAAGGAACACGAGCUGUCGAAGAUUACAAAUGAGUUGGAGAAUAUCAAGAUUCAGAUGGAGCAGCGUGGAAAUUCGAUGACGGACGGAAGUCCUCUGAUAAACAUCAAGAAGGCGAUCUUCAGAAUCAAGGAGGAAAUUUCCGAAAUGGACAUCAAAAUUGGAGUCAUGGAGCACACGUUGAACUCGGAAAUCAUCAAGCAAAGCACGCAAUAUGCCGAGUUUGAUUCGUUGGUUAUGGCACAUUAGAUGAUAAUCACAAAUAAACUAAGUUGGAUGAA